UUUCUCCAACCUUAAUUUUAAUUUCCGGUUCCCGGUUCGGAUGUCAAACAUGAUUUGUGCAUCGUUUACAUUAUCAAAGGUUGGUGCAAGACGCUUGACCAUACAGGCAGCUUCUGCGCUUCGAGCAACUGAACCGGUUUUUAGAGACGAGGAAUAUGCAGAUAUUGAUUGGAAUAAUCUGGGAUUUGGUCUCACACGAACCGAUUACAUGUACGUAGCUAAAUGCACGGAGAACAAGGAAUUUCAGCAAGGUGAAUUAAGUGAUUAUGGCAAUGUUGAAUUAAGCCCGGCUGCCGGAGUUCUAAACUACGGCCAGGGACUUUUCGAGGGUACAAAAGCUUUUAGGGGAGACGAUGGUCGGGUUUUUCUGUUUCGUCCGGAUCAGAAUGGUAUUCGUAUGCAAAUCGGAGCCGAGAGAAUGUGUAUGCGAUCCCCUUCUGUACAACAAUUUGUAGAUGCAGUCAAACAAACGUCUCUUGCAAACAGACGUUGGAUUCCACCUCCAGGAAAAGGGUCACUUUACAUAAGGCCUUUGCUCAUAGGAAGUGGGCCUAUAUUGGGCUUAUCUCCUGCUCCUGAAUACACUUUCUUAGUAUAUGCUUCCCCUGUUGGCAACUAUUUUAAGAAUGGCAUGGCACCACUGAACCUAUACGUUGACAAUGAGUUUCAUCGUGCAACUCGUGGGGGGGCAGGAGGUGUCAAAAGCAUUACAAAUUAUGCUCCGGUACUGAAAGCGGUGUUGAGAGCAAAGGAACAAGGGUUCUCGGAUGUCGUGUAUCUUGAUUCGGUCCAUAAGAAAUACAUCGAGGAGGCCAGUUCUUGUAACAUUUUCCUUGUCAAGGGGAAUGUUAUUUCAACUCCUGCAACAAUUGGUACUAUCCUUGAAGGAAUCACAAGGAGGAGCAUCAUCGAUAUCGCAAGUGAUUUAGGAUACCAGGUUGAGGAACGUUGUAUCGCAAUAGAUGAAUUGAUGGAAGCUGAUGAAGUUUUUACUACUGGAACAGCUGUUAGUGUCGCUUCUGUCGGCAGCAUAACAUACAAGGGUCAAAGAGUUGAGUAUAAAAUAGGUGACGAGAUGGUGAGCCAAAUAUUACACAAAACGUUAGUAGGGAUUCAAGUUGGAAGGAUUGAAGACAAACACAAUUGGGUUGUUGAGAUUGACUGACAAUUAUAUUACAUGAUACAUAUUACUUUUAUUUUAUUUUAUUUUAUUUUAUUUUAUGUAGAAUGAUAUAAUAAGGGUUGGUGAGAAAUAUAGAAUGAAAAAGGGUAUAAUAUGUACCAAGGAUAAGAGCCCUUGUAAAAGGAAAUAUAUCCACUUUCUAAUAUACUAACAAUUUUCUU